CUUUGUAGAAGAAGAGAAAAACACUUGAAGACAAGUGUUUGUCACAAUGGACAUAGACAAAUAUAAAAUAGAUCAGCUGGUCGGAUGCUUUCACUUUUUGUUUUAUUUUUCUGGAAGUUUGUAGGGGAUAAAUACUUAGAUUGGAUAAGAAUAUGCGAGCGCUACCAGAAUCUACGUCACGGGAACCGCAGUAUUUCUACUAUGACGAUGGAGAUCCGAUCAAUUUACAAGCAAUCAGUGGCCCUGGUAUACAGACAAUCAGUGCCCCUUGCUCACCGAACCAGGGUAUAAGCCAGUACUGUGCAAUAUGUCGGGAUAGAGCUACUGGCAAGCAUUACGGCGCAGCCAGCUGUGACGGUAGUAAGGGCUUCUUCAGACGUAGCGUUAGAAAGAACCACGUGUACUCGUGCCGUUUCAACAGAAAUUGUAUAGUAGACAAAGACAAACGAAAUCAAUGCAGAUAUUGUCGGCUGAAAAAAUGUUUCCGUGCUGGUAUGAAAAAAGAAGCUGUUCAGAAUGAGCGGGAUAGAAUAAGUGUUCGUCGCACCAGCUAUGAUGAAUUGGGACAGAACAGUGCACUGUCCGUCAGUACGUUACUGAAUGCUGAAAUACUCUCACGACAAACAGCUUCACCAUCAGUGUGUAACGGUGAUGACCUUUCACAUAAGAGAAUAGCGACGGCCAAUGAUAUUUGUGAUUCUAUGAAACAGCAACUUCUCAUACUGGUCGAAUGGGCGAAAUAUAUCCCCUGUUUCUGUGAUCUUCCGCUUGAUGAUCAGGUGGCGCUUCUGAGAGCACAUGCCGGAGAACAUCUUUUACUCGGGGUAGCAAGACGCUCAAUUGUUCAUAAAGACACAUUGUUGCUCGGAAAUGACGUCAUAAUACCCAGAAAUACAUCGGAUAUGGAAAUAGGUCGCGUGGCGUCGAGAGUACUUGAUGAGCUGGUCAAACCUCUUCGUGAUGUACAAAUAGAUGAUUCUGAAUUUUCUUGCUUGAAAGCAUUAGUCUUUUUUGAUCCAGAUGCAAAAGGUUUAAGUGAUUCGGCUAAGAUCAAAGCAUUCCGAUAUCAAAUCCACGUAAAUUUAGAAGACUAUAUCAAUGAUAGACAAUACGACUCUAGAGGGCGCUUCGGAGAGAUACUUCUGCUUCUGCCAUCUUUACAAAGUAUCACAUGGCAGAUGAUUGAACAAAUUCAGUUUGCAAAACUGUUUGGAAUGGCUAAAAUUGACAACUUGUUACAAGAAAUGCUAUUGGGAGGAGCAAACGGAGAUCUUGGUCAGGUGCAGACGACAAAUUCAGGUAUGGACAGCGCCUCUGCAACGCCCUUGUCAAUGUCUCCCAACAUGAUCAUGAACACUAUUAACUACACCGAUCUUCCUGGAUCAGACGACAACGACACUAUCGGCAUGGCGACAGGACUGGAACCAGGUGUUAUGUGUCUUGGUUCCCAAUCACCGCCAACAGGUGUGCUAAAUGCCGUGCCUUAUAUUCCGGGUUUUCAACUCGAUAAUUCACCACAAUCAACUGUAUCCCCAGCGGAUCCGAAUUUGAAUAUGGGGCCCCUAGGAAGUCCCUUGAACGGGAAUGUGAUAGCCACUAGCUGUAACGGAUCUCCUUUGCCAGCUGGCGAGCCAUUUAACUUGUCAACGGCUGGUAAAUGCUUAAAACAGGAAGUCGUUUAAAUAUUCAUAGAAUUGACUUAUGGAUAUUCAUUAUACUGCUGUGGACGUGCCAGAUAUGGUUUAGUAAUAUGUAAAGAAAGCCCAUUUGUAAAAUUUCAUAAGCUGUGUAGAUUUGUGAAAAGAUAUUUGUAUAAAACAUAUUUCAUAAGCAUUGUAUUUAACUAAACCUUCAGAUCGUUUCACUUCUGUAAAGAGCAGUGGUAGUGAUGUUUUACAUCUAUAUAUAGACCCAAUAUACAUGUGUAUUUAAACUUCUAUUACAUAUGAUGGUUUAAAUCCUCUUAAUCAGUAUCACAAAUAAUUGAUCAUUCUAUCAUAAUUUUGAAUUUAGUAUAAAUAGUGGAGAUUUGAAAAUACAUGAGUGCAUAUCAUAUUUUACUAAAGUGUAAUUUGUUUUAUUCUUGUAUCACAAAGUCGAGUCAUGUAUCACAUUUUAUGGAGGAAUAUAACGAUUUUCAUAUGAUCUUUACGAUACACAUUGGAGCAUUACGAUACACAUAGGAGCAUUGCGAUACAAAUAGGAGCAUUGCGAUACACAAAGGAGCUUUGCGAUACACAUAGGAGCAUUGCGAUACACAAAGGAGCAUUGCGAUACACAGAGGAACACUAGGAUACACAUAGACAUAUUACGAUGCACACAGGAACAUAACGAUAAACAGGAACAUUACAAUAUAUAUUGAUACAUACAGAUACAUAUAGAAACAUUACGAUACACAAACACAUUAUGAUACAUAUAGAAACAUACGAUACACAUAGGAACAUUGCGAUACACACAGGAACAUUAUAUAAACACUAAGAUACACAUAGCAAUAUUACGAUAGCCUUAAAAACAUUUGAUACACAUAGGAGCAUAACGAUACAUACAGAAUUAUAACGAUACACAUAUGAGCAUUACGAUACACAUAAAAACAUUACAUUACACAAAUGAACGUUACAAUACACAUAGACACAUUACGAUACACAUAGAAAUAAUUUGAUACUAAAAGAAAUAUUACGAUAUACUCUGGAACAUUACGAUUCACAUAGAAACUUUACGAUACUCCUAGUAACAUCAAGAUACACAUAUGAAUAUUAUUAUAUACAAAUGGACACUAUGAAACACAAAGAAACAUUACGAUUCACAUACAAACAUAACGAUUCCAAUAGAAUCAUUACGAUACACAUAUGUAUACGUAUAUAUUAUGAUACACAUAUAUACAUUACGAAACAUAUAGGAACAUUAUGAUUCACAUAGGUACAAACAUAUAUGCAAAGGGGCAUAACUUCACAUAAUUUGGGUUUAGGUUCUUGAUGUUUAAUCAACAUGCCCGUUCCAAAUAUAGAUUACUGUACUGCCUAUAAAAUAGUAAAUUGUUCACCCUUUUAUAUACAUGUAUAUUCUGCGUUAUUCUUUUGUUUGAUUCUUUAUCAUUAAAUUUUCUAUUUCUUUUAGCCAUCUCAGAAAUAAUUUUAGCUUAUAUUCAAUACUAUUAUUAAUUUUUGUUUCAUUCUAUAUUCAUCAUCGUCAUCAAAUUCAUAAAAAAAUAUUUUACUGAUUACUUUAGCAUAUGUUUUUUAUUAUCAAUGUCAUUUCAUUUUUUAAAAGACAAAUAUUUUGUGACAUCAAUUUAAUUAAGUUUAAAGGCUUUAUAACAAUUGCAUAUAGCAGCACGAGAUUGUCAGGCGCAUGCGCCGUCAUUUUGUAUUAUUGUUCGUAACUUUUUAUCCGUAGCAAAUGCUGUGAUGUUUUGUCCACAAUGCAACGGAAAAUGCAAGCAAUUUGAUAGGUAUUACUCAUUUGUCGUUCGACUUGAAUUUAGUUUUCUUUCUGUGUAAAAAGGUUUUUUUCUAAAUAACUGCAGAGACAAUGUAAUUUGCUUGCCUUUUGAGUGUGUAAUUUUAUUGCAUAAUUUGCAGAAAAUUAUGCUGUUUCUAAUUAAUGUUUCAACUGAAAUUCAUUCUUUAUUCCAUUUUCGUAGUUCAUAUUUUCAUUAUUUUUUUAUUGUUAUUUUUUAUUAAAAAUAUUGUACUGGGGCAACAUUUUAGCAUGUAAAAUUAUUGCCAACGUCCCCAUUGGACAGUUUUAAAUCUUGAAUAAAAAAUAGCCAAUCAUAUUGGCUUUAAAACAUUAUUUUAAACCAGAUUUAAAACAAGCGCUUUUAUUGGUUAAUCUUAAAUCAGCCAAUCAGAAAAUGUUUAAGAAUGGUUAUGUGUCUCAGUAUGUGUAAUCCUAGUCAGACUGGACUUAACAUUUUCAAUAUUGUUUUCAUGGGUGUGAAGUUGAUUUUUAACAUAAAUUUCACGUCUUUAUACAUGAUCUCAAAAUAUAUAUUGAAUAUAAUAUUUGUUUAAAAUGUUUGUAAACGUAUUAUUUGCUUGUUUUGAGACGGAUAUAUUUUAUAUUGCACCAUAAGUUUUUGUUGUUUUAUAUUUUAACAUGGUAUAUUACUUAUUGUUCAUCAAAUGUGUUAAUAGCUUCAAAAGAAUAUAUUAAAAGAGAAAAUAUA